AUGGGUGUUCGUAAAUGGAUUGAACGCCCGACUGUUCGUGGUCAUCACGUUGGCGUCGAAGAUUUGACAGAGGGUCAGCAAGGCGUGCCAGAACUGAAGCGACGAAAAUGGACACUUCAAACCAUCGACGCCUCACCAUUUCAGAUUUGGGUCGUUGUUGUUGCCGGUGUGGGUUUCCUGGCUGAUUCCUUUGGCCUAUUCGCAUUGAACGUUGUCACACCCAUGAUCGGAUACGUCUAUUGGCCAGAAAAUUUGGACAAAGAUGGUGUUCCACAAGUUCCUUCCUCUAUAAAGACAGCAAUGAUGUGCUCAACUCUGGCCGGUACGAUGGUCGGUCAGGUCGCGUUUGGAUUUGCAGCGGAUGUGCUUGGUAGACGAAAGAUGUACGGCCUGGAGCUUGUUGUCAUCAUAGUAGGGACUAUGCUGCUACUGAUGAGCUCAAGUGGUGAGAAGAACAGUAUGAAUGUAGGUGGUUGGCUCAUCGCGUGGCGCGCAAUUAUGGGGAUCGGAAUCGGAGCCGACUAUCCACUCAGUGCUGUAAUUACAGCUGAGUUCUCGCCGCGGAAGCAUCGUGCCCGCAUGAUGAGUCUCGUCUUCUUUGCGCAGCCCAUGGGUCAAUUUCUUGCCAAUGUGCUAUCCUUGGCAGCUGUCGAGGGCUACAGACCAUACAUCACGAACACCAAAAGGUCAUGCUCUGUCGAUGGUAUCGAUGAUCUCCAAUGUUUUCGCUCUAUCGAUCGCUUAUGGCGGUUGGUUAUUGGUAUUGGUAUCAUUCCCGCGAUUAUUGCGCUAGGAUUCAGGUUCACAAUACCGGAGAGCCCCAGAUACACACUCGACAUCCUUCAGAACACUUCAACCGUGUAUGAAGACACCAAAACCUAUUUCGGUGUUCUGGGUCUAGAUGCUGAGGCCGGUGAGCUCGAAAUACUGCCUGCAUCAACCGAAGAUCAUCGCAGGCCCUCUACCUCUUCCUCUGACAUCGCGCCCGAAGACGUUGUUGAAAGCGACAGUGACGAUGAGAACAGGUCGAGUGCAGUAUUCACAAGGCCAGUGGGCACAUUGGAAUCUUCAUCUCCACCCGGUGACCCGAGCCAUGUGCCUCCACUCGCAUCUUGGACUGACGCCAAAAAAUUCUUUAUCGCGGAAGGGAACUGGCAAUAUCUUCUGGGAACAUCCUUGGCAUGGCUGUUCCUAGAUUUCGCGUUCUACGGUCUCGGUAUGUCUUCGCCACAGAUUGUUAGCCAUAUCUGGCAGGAUCCCAAGAGUGGCCGCCCGAGCGUGUUUGACUCUUUGCGCGACAACAGUCUCCACACUUUGGUGAUGGUUUCGAUCGGAACCAUUAUCGGUGGACUUUUGAUGAUCAAAGUCAUUAAGUACGCGUCACCCAAGGUCAUUCAGUUCUGGGGGUUUCUCGUCUUGUUUAUGUUGUUCAUCGUGACGGGCAGUGCCUGGACGAAGCUCCUGGAUACGGAGCGUUCUGGAUUAAUUGUGCUGUAUGUAUUGAGCCAUAUUGCAUUCAACUUGGGUCCAAAUGUGACCACCUUCAUCAUACCAGCGGAGGUUUUUCCCACCCGCUAUAGGUGUGCCUGCCACGGCAUUGCAGCUGCGGCUGGGAAACUCGGGUCUUGGGUCGUGCAAAUCUUCCUCGCGUACGCAUUCCAGAACGAUGAUCAGGGCGAGCAGUAUGACUGGGAACGUGAAAACUUUGGUCACAUCCUGCAAGUUAUGAGUGCUUUCAUGGUCGCCGGCGCGGUGGUAACACACUUUCUCGUCCCAGAGACGCGGGAUCAUGACAACAAGAGUCGAACAUUGGAGGUACUGGCAUGCGGAAAGAAGGUCAUUGAUGAAUUGAACCGACAGCGACAAAGGGAGGACGAUGAGGAAUGA